AUGAGGUAUGAGAAUUUUGAGGAUCCUAUGGGAACAAUUGAUAAGUUUCAUUAUGGUACUCACUAUUCAAAUUCUGCAGGGGUCAUGCACUAUCUCAUUCGUGUGGAACCAUUCACCACCCUGCAUAUCCAGCUUCAGAGUGGAAAGUUUGACUGUGCAGAUCGACAGUUCCAUUCCAUCCCUGCUACCUGGCAAGCCCUGAUGGAUAAUCCAUAUGAUGUGAAAGAGCUUAUUCCUGAAUUCUUCUAUUUCCCUGAAUUUUUGGAAAACCAAAAUCAAUUUAAUUUGGGUCGUCUACAAGUUUCCAAAGAACUAGUGAAUGAUACCAUUCUCCCCAAAUGGGCUAAGUCAGCUGAAGAUUUCAUCUAUAAACAUAGGAAAGCUUUGUCCCUUUGUGAAUUUCUGUCUUCACUGACAGGUUCGCAAUUGCCUUUUGUCAUGUAUGGUGGCUGGGGUCAGUGGCCUUCAUCCACGGGAGCCCUAUAUUGGCAAGCAGAUCUUAUCCUGUGUGGAGAGGCUGAUGGGUCUUCUUCAGUGUCAGACCCUGAAGGCCCGUGGUCUCCCUCCUGGGAUCCUGUGUCUCCCACCAGUUCCCGUAGAAACUUGAGUUUAGAUAAAAAUAGAUGCCAUACAAAAUACCAGCCGCACACCAUCCAUCAGAAGCAGGACGAUCAGCAGCGUGGCCACGAACACCAGCAGCGUCGUGAGGACAGGACGGGGGAACCACACCCACCUAGAUUAUCAGCAGAAGAAGCAAUACAGAAGCAGUCCAAAACAGACACUUCAGCACUAAACCUAUUUCAACACCUUCCUGAACUCAAGUCAUUUUUUAUAGAGGGGAUUAGUGAUGGUAUUCCACUACUAAAGGCCAUUGUCCCCAAAAAUCAGUCUCGUUCUUUUAUGUCUCAAGGCAGCCCUGAGUUACUGGUCACAGUGAGCAUGAAUUACGUUAUUGGAACCCAUGGAUGGCUGCCUUAUGACAGAAACAUAUCUAAUUACUUUACAUUCAUCAAGGACCAAACUGUGACAAAUCCAAAAACUCAGCGUAGUAUGAAUAGUCCUUUUGCUCCAGGGCUAGAGGUCACUUCUAAGCUGUUUGUAGUAUCACAUGAUGCAAAGUUGCUCUUCACUGCUGGACACUGGGAUAACAGCAUUCAAGUGAUGUCACUUACAAGAGGCAAAAUUAUCUCACACAACAUCAGACAUAUGGAUAUUGUGACUUGCUUAGCUACAGAUUACUGUGGAAUACAUUUGAUUUCUGGUUCCAGAGAUACUACUUGUAUGAUAUGGCAAAUAAUAAAUCAGGGAAGUACUCCUUUGGGUUUAGCAUCUAAACCUUUCCAGAUUCUUUAUGGACACACUGAUGAGGUACUAAGUGUGGGCAUCAGCACUGAACUGGACAUGGCAGUGUCAGGAUCAAGGGAUGGCACUGUGAUUAUACACACCAUUCAAAAAGGGCAGUACAUGAGGACUUUAAGACCACCUUGUGAGAGCUGUCUGUUCCUGACCAUUCCCAAUUUGGCUAUCUCUUGGGAAGGACAUAUCGUUAUCUAUUCCAGCAUUGAGGAAAAGACCACUCUCAAGGAUAAAAAUGCAUUACACCUGUUUUCUAUAAAUGGCAAAUAUCUGGGAUCUCAAGACCUGAAGGAACAAAUAUCAGAUAUAUGUGUAAUUGGAGAACACAUUGUCACAGGCAGUUUACAGGGGUUCCUGUCUAUAAGAGAUCUCCACAGUUUGAAUCUCAGCAUCACCCCAUUAGCCAUGCGAUUGCCUAUCCACUGUGUUUGUGUAACCAAAGAAUACAGCCACAUUCUUGUAGGUUUAGAAGAUGGCAAAUUGAUUGUGGUGGGUGUUGGCAAGCCAGCUGAGAUGCGUUCGGGUCAGCUUUCUCGAAAAUUGUGGGGAUCUAGCAAGAGACUCAGCCAGAUUUCAGCUGGAGAAACUGAAUAUAAUACUCAAGAGUCCAAGUGAUCAUUUCUUCCAUCUUCUGUCAUGGAUAACUGAAACUGAUUCAUUACUCUGUCACUUUAGCCACAUCUCUCCACUCUGAGGUCUUAAGGCUUUUAUACCUAAAAGUAAUUUAGAGAUUACCACAAUUUGAUACGGUACAUAUAAAGAUAUAGGUUGUAUAAUAAUCUGUUUUUCAAGUUUCUGAUUAACAUUAAGGAAUCCAGUCUUAUUAACCAAUUCUUGGUCUAUACUAAAAUGGAUUUAAGAAAAUACAUUUGAUUCAAUUUAGUGGACCAUUCCUAAAGAUCACAAAAUCCAAUUUUAAAACUUACAAAAUGAAGAAAUUAGGUUUAAUUCACUAAUUAUUCUAAAUAACAAAAUUUAAGGCAUUUCUAAUAAAACAAUAUAGAUAAUGGGGCAGUUGAGAGAUGUGGCCUUGCUUUCCUUCUUUAGAUAAUCAUUUUCCUAUUUCUGACUACCACAUAAAAAUACCAAUUUACUAAUGAAACUGGUGACUAUAGGUAGUAAUGUUAAAGGCACAUGUUGCUGACUUGGAUUUUCAAAAGUUCUAGGUGUACAUAGUAAUAUUAAAAUAAGAAUAUUGAAACUGAUAUAUUGGUUCAUUCCACUACUACUUAAUAUAUUACUAAUGAAAAUUUACUGAGUUGACUUUGAUAGUGGGUCCUUUUAAGUAGCAUUUGUAGCACAAUUUCUUGGCCUUUUCUUUGCUAAGCAGAUACUGCAUUUUACUCUGAUAAUUAAGAAUUAGCAAUAAUACUCAAAUAUUCUACUUUUUAAAAUCUAGCAUAAUUGUAUGAUUGAUGAAUGAAUUGAAAUGACAUGCAUAACUUAAAGUAUUCAUUUAGAUAAAAUAUUUUUAAAGACAUAUUUCUGUCUCAUGUUCUAUAGAAGAGUGACAAAUGUUAUACUAGUUAAAUGUUACUAAAUGCUUUAUUCAAGAUUUUAAAGUGAAAGACUGGUUGAUUUAAUUUGGAGUUCAAAAAGAUCCUUAAACCUAGUUCUUUUAUAAGAUCAUCUUUUGAAUUAGAUCAGAGAGCGUUUACAAUUACCAGUGUUAUUCACCGAGAGUCCACAGUCUUGGGGAAAUUUAGGAAUUGCUGAAGUUGUAUAGAAAUUCAUAUAUUGAAUGCAUUUUCAGGAAAGAAUGAUUGUAUGACUUUCUUAAAGUGAUCUGUGAACAACAACCACCACAAAAGACUUUUUACAAUAAUAUCUUCUUAGAAUAAUAAUAAUCUUUUUUAUUCCACAAAUCAUGGGUUUCUUUUUACCUAGCUGUCUUCUCAGUUGAAUGUUGGAGAAAUUUCUCUUUACAUUUUCCUUCUCCUGUUGACUACAGUAUCCAGUGACCUUUUGUUUAUACUCCUAUGAAUGAGUAAAAACAAUUUAGAAAAUAAAGGACUCUAUUUAGGGAAA